AUGGAAGAAUCAUAUUUACUCAAUCUUCCUGUGGAAUUACUUCACCAUAUUUUUGAUUUCUGUGAUGCUCAAACAAUUCUAUGUAAGAUCAGUGGUGUUUGUAAAAAGCUUCACUCUAUUGUGAAUCAAUAUCAUCGACUUCAUCUUAAGCUUGAUAUUCACAAAUAUAUAACAAAUGAACGAAGCAUUCCUCAUCACGUUUUAUAUAAUCGUGUAGUGUCAUUAACGACUUGGUGGACUGCUCGUUCAGAAGAUCAGAAAGAAACUUUUAUUUCUGCAUUGCUUCAAUGCAAACGACUUUGUCAUCUGACUCUUCGCUUCAUUGAUGAUACAAGUUUACAAUCUUUAUUUAUAAAAGCAAAUAACAUUAAAUUAGUUUCACUCACAAUCGAUUCAAAUCAUGAACCAAGCAAUACAACAUUUGAAGCUGUUUCAUUAUUUCUUGAAAAAUCAAGUAUUCAAAAAUUAUGUUGGAAAAACUUGCGUUAUAAAGCUGAAGAAAUGUUGUGGCCCAAACAAUGUAAAUUAAAAUUUUUAUCAAUAGGUUAUUGUUUCUACAAUCAAUAUGCAUCUCUCCUUCAUCAAUUACCAUAUUUAGAAACAUUUCAAGUGAUGAAUUUUUUUACGUAUAAUAAUUCUAUGCAUGUACCAUCGUUUAAUUCACAAUUAACAUGUCUAAGCAUUCAAUAUUGUUCAUUAUCGAUAGAGCAUCUUAGAUCAUUAGUUUUACAAACACCAAAACUUUGUGAACUCAAAUUAACUUAUUAUCCAGACAUGUUCAAAUCUCUCAUGGAGAUUUAUGAAUGGGAAAAAUUUGUUCGAAUGGAACUGAGUUUUCUUAAAAAAUUCCAAUUCUUCAUUCCCUAUAAAUUUUCAGAGAAUGAUCCCGUUCGUCUUGAUAUGAUAAUAGCACCAUUUCGAGAUUCAUUCUGGCUCAAUGAAAAACGUUGGUUUACUGUUUGUGAUCAAACUAUUGAGACAUAUGAAAUAGAUAAGAUAUCAAUUUUUACAAUACCAUUUAUUAAACCUGUCUAUCACUCUAAUUUUGGAAAUCGAUUCGUACGAUGUGGCAUUGCAUCGAAAGAUAAUAUUUAUUAUAUAAAUGAUCAGCCAGAAGACGAAAUUACUCUUGACACUGUACAUCAUACACUCCCUGUACUAAAUCUUACUCACAAAGGUUUAAAAGAUUCGCAUUUGCAAAUUCUCGCUCAUGCAUUACAAAAUAAUCAGACAACUAUCGAGCUAAAUUUAUUUGCUAAUAAAAUCAAAGCACUUGGUACACAAUACCUCGUUGAAGCGUUAUUAAAUAAUACGACACUUACUAAAUUGAACCUCGAUGGCAAUUAUAUGGGAGACGAAGGAGCUAAACAUAUAGCUGAUGCGUUGAAUACAAAUCAAGCAUUGAUAACACUUUCUAUGGCAACAAAUCAUAUUGGUGACGAAGGAAUGUCUUAUAUUUGCAAAGCAUUACAUAAGAAUAUAACAUUGAAGGAGCUGGAUCUUCAUCAAAACAAGAUUACAAACGAUGGAGCAAUAUCUUUAUCUGAAACAUUACAGAACAACAAUAUUCUUGAGAAGAUCAAUCUUGCAUACAACUGUAUUGGUGAUGAUGGUGCUAGAAAUGUUGCUAUCACAUUAAAAAAAAACUCGACUGUUCUAAUGGUCAAUUUCAAUGAUAAUUCAAUUACUGUACCCGAACCAAAAUAUUUAUUUGAUGAUUUACAAAAAGAUAUGACUGACGUUAAACUGUCUUUAGAAGGAAAUGGAAAUGAUUACUAUAAAGCUGUUGAAACUGCAUUACAAAUGAAAAAUGAUUAUUGUCCAAGAAAAAUCUCAUUGGGUGCUGGGAUUUACGAUGUGGGAGCCAAGAUUAUUGCAAAUGCUCUACAACAUAACACAACACUAGAAGAACUUGAUUUACACUAUAAUCAUAUUGAAGUUGUAGGAGCAAAAUAUCUUGCUGAUGCCUUACGAAAGAAUAUCACACUUAGAACGUUCAACUUUUGUAGUAACAAAAUUGGUAGUGCUGGUGUAUAUUAUAUUGCUGAAGCUUUACGACACAACACUACACUUAGUAAAUUGAAGCUCGAUAGCAAUGAUAGCGGAGACGAAGGAGCCAAAUCUAUAGCUGAUGUAUUGAACACAAAUAAAACGUUGAUGGCAGUUUCCAUCGCAACAAAUAAUAUUGGUGAUGAAGGAAUGUCUUGGCUUUGUAAAGCUUUACAUAAGAAUAUAACAUUGAAGGAGUUGGAUCUUCAUCAAAACAAGAUUACAGCUGAUGGAGCAAAAUCUUUGUCUCAAGUGUUACAAAACAAUAAUACACUCGAAAAGAUCAAUCUUGCAGGGAACAAUAUUGGUGAUGAUGGUGCUAGAAAUCUUGCUACUGCAUUGAAAACGAACACGAGUGUCACAAUACUCAAUCUUAAUAGCAAUAAAAUUGAUAUAACUGGAGCACAAUGUUUAUAUGAUGAAUUACAGAAGAAGACAAUAUUAGAAGAACUGAACUUACGUUUUAAUCAAAUUGACAUUGCAGGUGCAAAAUAUCUUGCUGAUACCUUACAAGAGAAUACAACACUUAAAACAUUAGAUCUUUUUGGUAAUGAAAUUGGGGCUGCAGGAGUUUAUUAUUUGAUUGAGGCUUUACGAAAUAAUCCAGUACAAUCACUCACUGAAUUAUUUCUGUAUUAUACCUCCAAUCGUGAACAUGAAUCAAAGUCUCGUAAAUCAAAAGCAAGAGAAAAUGUCAUUUCUUUAUUACGGAACAGCGCCGUAUUUUCACAAUCGGACUUCGAAGGAGACGUCUGUGGUUAUUGUGAAGCACUUAAAAUAGCCGAACGCAUACGCAAGAAUUUGACAUCACAUGAAAAUUUCAAUAAGAAAUAUAUCGGGUCUGCUGGUGCACAAUAUAUUGGUGAUGCUUUGCGUUAUAAUACGAGUUUGACGAUAUUGCAUGUAAACAUUAAUGAGAUUGGUCAAAAUGGAUUGAAAUAUCUUGCUGAUGGAUUGAAAAACAAUACGACUAUAGAAACAUUAGGUUUAGACAGUUAUAUAUACUCGACAAAGGAAUUAAUUCGAAUAAUUAUCAAUAUAUUGAAUGAUCCAGUCACAUUAAAAAUAAAAAACAGUCCAAUCAAGAAGAAUAGAAUUAAAUGUUUUAAUGAUAUUUUAUUAAAAAGCUCUACACUUCGUAUACUAAAUUUAAUAAAUAAUAGUAUUUUAUCAAAUGAAGCACGAGAUUUAUGUAUACAAAACAAUCGAAUUGGAGAUGAUGGUCUAACAUAUCUUUCUUCUAUUUUAAAAAAUAUCAAAACAUUAGAAACAUUGAUUCUUUCUCGUGUUAAUAUGGGUCCAAUCGGUACAGAGAGUCUCGCUAAUGCUCUACAGAAUAAUACAACAUUGAGUAUCUUAAGAUUAAAUAAUAAUCGAAUAGGAGUUCAAGGAAUUCAAUCUCUUAUGAUUAUAUUACAAAGAAAUAAAACAUUGGUUGAAAUUGAUUUAUCAAAUAAUCAAAUUGGAAAUGAAGGAACACAAAUUGUUGCUGAUUUUCUAUCAACAAAUACUACACUUUUAAAAUUAAAUCUUGGUAUUAAUCAAAUUGGACUUUCUGGGGUGAAAUAUCUUGGUGAUGCUUUAGAGAAAAAUACAACAUUGACAUCAUUAUAUCUUCGAAGAAAUGAAAUUGAUCAAAAUGGAAUCGAAUAUUUUUCACAAUCAUUAAAAGGAAAUCAAACACUUAAACAACUCGAUGUUUCUUGUAAUCCAAUUGGAUAUAUUGGAAUAGAAUACCUUCGAGAUUUAUUGAAAACUAAUACGACAUUUAUUGAACUAAAGAUUGGUUUCAAUUAUAAGAAUUAUCAAGGAAAUCUUGUUAAUUAUACAAAUUCAUAA